UAUAAACCAAUCUAACAAAUUGUGGUGUCUUUAAUUUUUCUACACAAAACCAAAUGGAUAUUAUUAGUAUAUUAGUGUUGGUAACAGUUGCCCUGAUUAAUGUCGUCACAUGUGACGAUGGAAUAUCCAAUAGUGAAACGUAUACAGAAAAUAUCAUUCCAGAUGAUGUAAAGAAAUAUGUAUCUAGUAAAAUAGAAGACUUAACAAAUACAUAUGAAACACGAAUUCGCGCUCUUGAUGAUACAGUCAGAAAGCUUCAACAAAAAUCUCGCAAACAAGGGAAAAUAGUUAAAAAGCUUGAAAAGGAAAAUUACAAGCUACAGAAAUCUAUUUCGCAAUUGGAAUAUCAAGUUAGACAUGAUGUCAAUAAUACAAUUUGCGCUUCUGCUUCUAGAUCAAACGGCAAUACUAAGUCUCGGGAAAAAGGAUACAUUGGCAGGGAGAGCAGAAGUAGCACCAACGGUCGGGUUGCAUUCUACGCAUACAAGUCUACACCAACGCCUCAUCUUGGUGAAGGUCAAGGCAUCGUAUUUGAUCACCUGGCAACGAAUAUAGGCAAUGCCUUUAACGUACAUAACGGUAUUUUCGUCGCUCCCGUUACGGGAGUUUAUGUUUUUGGUGUGACACUUGGACAUUAUAGUACUUUUGUUCAGUCGGACAACGGUGAUGGAAACUUAGUUGUGAACGGUGUAAUUGUAGCAGGCUUAUUUAUGAGCAAUGAUCAGUCAUCCCAGAUGGUUGUUGUCAAGCUCAUGAUUGGUGACAAUGUCGCAGUGCUUAACAGAGACGCCGAUGAAGGGAUAGAUGGCAAAGCUUACAGCUCAUUCUGUGGAUUUCUGUUGUAUGAAUAUACGAUAAUGUAGUAAUAUACGAUAAUGUAGUAACAACAACUGUUGGUUAAUACAAUAAAUAUAAUCAAAUA